CGUCCGCCAACGCUAGCCGCGAAAAAAUGGGCAAGAACGUGUUCUCCGUCCCCAUUUUCUUCAUCGUCUUCCGUGAGACCCUCGAGGCCGCCAUCAUCGUCUCGGUCCUCUGCAGUCUUGUCGAGCAGAUUGCGACAGACGAAAGACCGUUGUCGGACACGACCGCCGGCUCCGGCGCUGUCCAGGACAAGCCCGAAGGCGACUCACCUACCACCGACGCGCUCGCCGCCCAACCAGAGCUCGAGAGUCCCGAAGAUGCAACCAUUCGCCAGCGCCGCUUCAUCCGCCGCAUGCGGUGGCAGAUUUUCCUUGGUUCUUUCCUCGGUCUCUUCAUUGCCCUCGCCGUCGGUGCUGCUUUCAUCGCAGUCUGGUUUACCAAGGCCAGCGAUCUCUGGUCCAAAUCCGAGGAGCUGUGGGAGGGUAUCUUCGAGCUCAUCGCGUGUAUUAUGAUCUUCGUCAUGGGAGUCACCAUGCUCAAGAUGGACCGUGCCAAGGCUAAAUGGCGCGUCAAGCUUCAGCGUGCGUUCGACGGAAAAAAGGUUGACCGGGAAGCAAAGAGUGGCAAGUGGGUGCUCUUCAUCCUUCCCCUCAUCACCGUCCUCCGCGAAGGUAUGGAAGCCGUCAUCUUCGUCGGCGGUGUCUCGCUCGGUCAGCCUGCGGCGUCUAUCCCCAUUGCCGCCAUCGUCGGCCUCGUCUGCGGCCUCAUCUGCGGCUUCCUCAUCUACUCGUUCGCGAGCCGCACGACACUCACCGCCUUUCUCAUCCUCAUGACGAACUUCAUCCUGCUCAUCGGCGCAGGCCUCUUUAGCCGCGCGAUCGGCUCGUUCCAGGAGCAGGCCUUCAACACGCUCGUCGGCAGCGACGUCGACGACGUGGGCGCGGCGGGCAACGGCCCAGGCUCGUACGACGUGCGCGGGAACGUGUGGCACCUCGACUGCUGCAACCCCGAGAACAACACAGACUCGCAGGGCUGGUCGAUCUUCAACGCGAUCUUCGGCUGGACGAACAACGCGACGAUCGGCUCCGUGCUCGGCUACGUCUUCUACUGGCUCGCGGCCAUGGUCGUGCUCGCGUACUUGAAGUACAAGGAGGGCCGCACCAAGAUCUUCGGCUUCGAGUCCGCCGCUGGCGUGCGCCGUCGCGAGCGCGCGGCCCUCCACCGUGGAGACUCGGAGAUGAGCGCGGCGUCGGCGUCGGACGAGAAGGUGCAGGAUUCGGAGAAGGCUUGAAAGUCUGUUUUAUCACCCGCUACGACACCCUAUGAUCAGCGCAUGCUCAGCAAGACCUCUUGUAUUUUCCUUCGCUCGCUUUGCUGUUCAGAAUAAAAACUGUUUGAAUCGU